CUCAGUGGCUGCGGUCCCGUCUCGAUCAGAUAUCCUACACUCCACUCAUCACGUUCAACCUAGGGGUGGACGAAAUGCCCGAGUCCUGUGGCGCCAUCUCUCCACGAUCAAACGAGACAGUGCAGGACCUGCUCGCGGCGGUUGAUCGGCUGGAUCUGCGUGGUUUCGUGCUGCUGCUGCGACCGGCGGCAGUGAUACAUUUGUUCGUACAGCUGAGCGGUGAGGCACCGGACCUGCUGACGUACGUCACGCGCUGGCUGGUGGUGUGGGACAGCGAUGAGGAGGAGACAGCGUGUGACAUGUCUGCCCUGCAGUCUUAUCUCCCACCUUACCUACACCUAGCCAUCCUGAACCUCAAUAAGACUACACAGAUUGAAGCCUGGUACACUGAGGUCACCUUCACUGGCCAGCGCAAUGGACCGCCGAAUGGCGGCGGCCAGGUGGCGCUAGAAUCGAUCCGGCUGCCUGGCGAGGUCGCGCGACUGACAGAAGAGCAGCUGUUUCCCGGCGUGAAGUACGGGCUCAAUCGCAGGACGAUAAAGGUCGGAAUGAAGUUUAGCUCGCCGUACAGCUACCGAAAGCGGAAGACGAAGCGGGGCAUCGCGAUCGAGAUGGUGCAGGCGCUGGCGCGACUCUACAACUUCACGUACGAGCUCGUGCCGCCGGCCGACAACCUGUGGGGGUCGCCGAUCAAUGGGACCGACAAGUGGAACGGAGUCAUCGGCCUUGUACAGAGGAAGGAGGUGGAGUUUGCGGCAGGUCCGUUCACCAUCCAGGAGAAGCGCAGCAAGGUCGUCGAUUUCUCGAUCCCGUUCGAAUUCGUCACGGGCGCGAUAAUGAUACGCAAGCCGAGGCCCGGCUACGACAUGUACAUCUUCACGAAGCCAUUCCGCCCCAGCGUCUGGUGCAUGAUCGCCGGUGCAAUGCUGGUGACGACCGUCAUCGGAUAUCUCAUCCAACGCGCCGCGGCAACCCUCGUCAAGACGCAGAGCGAGGUGCGCAGAGGCGCCGCCUGGUGGCUGUUCACCAUAUACGGCUACACUGUGCUGCAAGGUUCCCCGGCACCUCCUAAGGCAUUGUCGAGCCGAGUCGUCGUCGUAGCGUGGAUGCUCUUCAUAUUGGUCGUUGUCGCCACCUACAGUGGAAACCUGAUAGCUUUCCUCGCUGUGCCGCCGCCGCUGCUGCUGCCUGUGCGCAGUCUGAGGGACCUGGCGUACCAGACCACCAUCCAACCCAUGUUUCGACGCGGCAACAACUGGGAGGUGCACUUCAAGCAAGGACUGACCGACGUCGAUCGUCGCAUAUGGAAGAUGGUGUCGUCGAAUGAGAACGGCACCUAUCGGCUGACGAAAGACGCUUUGGAACGCGUGCUCAAUCACAACCAUGCCUUUAUUUCCACGGAGUUAUAUCUUGAGAGCGGUGACCUUACACCGACGAAUUUUUUCAGGUUGAUGAGCCGAGAGAGAAAGAAGACGGGCAAGUGUGAGUAUCUCAUCAUCACCGACGGCCUGUUCAACACGACAACCGCAUUCCCUGUGCGGAAGGGAAGUCCCUACGCCGAGAUGGUCAAUACAGGCAUCGCGCAUCUCUACUCGACCGGACUCGUCAAUCACUGGGUCGCGACGUAUUAUGGCGAGCUGCGCUGCAGGAACGAGGGCGCCACCGUGCGGCACGAACACUACGACCAGUUCCGUCUCAGCGACAUCCGAUCGCUGUUCAUCUUCUUCGUCUCCGGGAUUGUUCUCUCGACGCUGGCGUUCUUCUUCGAACGUCUCGUCUCGCUGUGUUCGCGGUGGUUCACUCUGCAGCGCUGUAGGAGGAGGCCGGAGGAGAACGAGUGGCAGGGCGAGGUCGGGACCUGCUCGCGCAUCAACUUGGAGAUGGGCGGUCGUAACGACAUCUUACAUCAGAGCGCGAUCAACAGGAUGUGAUGUACGUCAGAGCGCGAUCGACUGGCUGUGACGUACGUCAGAGCGCGAUCGACUGGCUGUGACGUACGACAGAGCGCGAUCGACUGGCUGUGACGUACGUCAGAGCGCGAUCGACUGGCUGUGACGUACGUCAGAGCGCGAUCGACUGGCUGUGACGUACGUCAGAGCGCGAUCGACUGGCUGUGACGUACGUCAGAGCGCGAUCGACUGGCUGUGACGUACGUCAGAGCGCGAUCGACUGGCUGUGACGUACGUCAGUGUGAUCGACUGGCUGUGACGUACGUCAGAGCGCGAUCGACUGGCUGUGACGUACGUCAGAGCGCGAUCGACUGGCUGUGACGUAUGUCGGUGGGACGUGCGACUCUCCGCGGCCGUACUCCGGCGAUGUUUCGGUUGACACGAUCAAUGUGCAUUAUUCGCGUUUAUACUGUAACCUCUCGAGCGGGUUUACUGCACCUUUGGCAUUAAUUAGCAUUCGGCUUACUACGUGUCUAAUGUCGUCGAUCUUUGCCGUAUAUUGAUUCGAAUUCUGUGAUGCUGCUGUGGAAUGUGAAUGAAUGUGUUUACCAUAUGUAUUAUUGAAUUAUCAUAUCAUAUGUAUUUAUUCAUGGUUUAAUGGUUAAACUUUAACUGACAACACUCUAUGCCAAUGCUUUGCAUAUGCGGUCUUCUGUUUUUGAACAUGUUUCUUAAUAUAAUUCGCUGUCACACACAGUUAGCUCACGAAGUGUCACUGUCAGACAUGCUGCCAAUGUGCGUUUCUAAUUUUGCUCUCGAUAGAUGGCGGUAGGGUGUCAUAUAUAUACCAAGAGCUGAUAUUACAUUAUAUCAGGAGUAAGAUAAUAUAGGAUAUCCUAUAUUAUCUUACUCCUGAUAGUAGGUAGCUUUUAUAUAAUUCCGUGAUUAUUAUAUGUAUUAUACAUGCAUAUGUAUUUUACACAUAUAUUAACUAUAUAAUGAAUUGAUCAGUUGAUUGAUAGAUUUUCUAGUCUUUAAUUUCCAGAAGACAGUCAUACUCAUUUUGGAUCUGUAAUUUGGAUUACACAAAAGGUUUAAGGUUGUCAUUCUGCUUUACACAUGUAAAAUUGGACUUCAUGCAGUCUUGCAUAACAGUAUAACAGAGAAGCCCUAUUAUGACACAGGGGAACCUCUAUACUCACAGGGUUAAUAUAUGUGUUUACUAAAUUGAAUCUCUGCAUGGAUUUCUUGCCGUUACUUGCGAGAAUAACUCACGCAGUAUUAUUAUUGUAUGCGAAUAGUUCAUGGAAUUGAAUUUAUUUUGGAAACUUAGUAAACAUUCUAUUUUUUAACCUAGUGGAAAA